AUGGAAAAGCAAAUCAAUGAUCUUCGUAUGUUAUCUGUGAAUGCAAUCGCAAAUCUCGUCAAUACAUAUUCGGAACUUAUUAAAGAUUCUAUUGUCCGCCAUGAUGAUGUUCUUGAUUCUUCACGUCAGAAACUCAAAAUUGAAGUUCACACAAUGGAAAUUGAUCAAAAUGCCCGCGAGUUACUUACAUGCAUCAGACGUAUUAAAGAACUUAAAGUUACAGAUGACGAAUAUCAAAGCGAAAGAGCUUCAUUUGAACAAGAUUGCAUAGAAUCGUCAAACCAAAUCAACGAUCAAGUUAAGAAAUGCUAUAAGCAGCUUACUGAUCUUUCAACAGAAGGAUUCGAAGUACUUCAAGCAGCUUCAAAGCUACUUCGUUAA